AUGGCCGAUAAACUCCGAAACCAACAGGAACUCGAACGGCUCCAAGCCAAGUUCAUCGGCACUGGACACCCGGACACAACGAGCUGGGAGUGGAAGACCAACAUCCACCGCGACACAUACUCGAGCAUCGCCGGACACCCACCAUUGUUGUCCUACAUUGCGCUUGCAGAGAAUGAGCCGGUUGCCAAAGUGCGCGUACAAAUGAUUCGGGUAUGGAACCCGUGUCCACACUUCCUUUUCCGCUUGACUAGUGUACCGCAGUCGCUAAUGGAGCGGUCGACACAGAAAAUGCUCCAGCCAGCCGGGCCUCCGCCGCCUCGCGAAGGCGAAGAAGCGUUCGUGGCGUCGCGCCAAGAAGAAUCCUGA